AUUUUUCUCUCUGAGACAAAACAAAAACCCUAGAAAAAGAUAAAAUCGGGAUCUAGGGUUCUUCUCUUCAAAACUAAAAAAAAAAAAAUGGCUGAUUCUCCUCGUGGAAGGUAUUCACGCUCUCCUAGUCCUCAGUAUGAAGCACCGUCCAGGUCAAGGUCAAGGUCUCGUUCUAGAUCGAGAUCCUGGUCAAGGCCGCCGAGAGGCAGGCCUGCAGCUAGAUCUAGGUCCAGAAGUCGUGGAAGGGAGGACGAGGUUGUAAACCCUGGAAAUACACUUUAUGUUACAGGCCUAUCUACACGUGUUACUCAAGAGCAGCUUGAAGAACAUUUUUCAAAGGAGGGAAAGGUGGUAAACUGUUUUCUGGUUGUGGAGCCUCGUUCUCGCAUCUCCCGUGGCUUUGCUUUCAUAACGAUGGAUACUCUUGAAGAUGCCAAUCGCUGCAUAAAGCAUCUUAAUCAGUCGGUUCUUGAACAUCGCCAAAUAACUGUUGAGAGGUCACGAAGGAAACGUGCCAGGACUCCAACACCCGGCCAUUACUUAGGCCUGAAAAACACCAGGGACACAGGCUAUCGUGGUGAUAGAGGAGGCAGGUAUCGUGGUGGCUCUGGACGGGAUGACCAUGGAUACCGGAGAUCUCCAAGGAGGUCACCACCACCAUAUAGAGGUGGUCGUGAUUACUCUCCACCUCCAAGGAGGUCCCCACCACCAUAUAGAGGGGGUGGGCGUGAAUAUUCACCACCUCCUAGACGCUCGCCUUAUCAUGGUGGCAGAUCAAGGAGGGAGCGAACAAGGUCUCCUCCAUAUUCUCCUCCUUACAGAAGUCCUGAGAGACACUAUACUCGUCGCUAGGCUAGUUUUUUCUCAGGUGCUGCUGAAUGCUGAGCCAAAAAUAUGUUAUGAGAGUGGAGUUGUUAAAUUGGUAGAUGUUUGUCUUUGUUUCUGUAAGACGGUGAAUUCGGCAGAUAUUCAUGUUUAACCUAUUGUGAACUAUACAUUGUCAAUGAAGUCAUAUGUUAAGGAUUUUA